CACAGACGUCGAUGGAGUUGAUCAAUGGGAAAGUAUAAAUUCUAACUCAGCAUCACAAAGGAAGGAAAUGUUUGAAAUCGAUGAUUACACAGGAUAUGCAUCGAUAACAUACGGAGACUAUAAGUUGAUAACUGGUAAACCCGAUGAAAAUCACAGUGGUUAUUUGGGCGGUGAUCUAAGAGGCGUUAUUGAUAGUCCACCUUCAUAUGUUGAUGCUAUCGCGAAUAGCAAAGUGUAUGGUGCACUUCACUCAAUUGGUCGAACUAUUGACACGAACUUCUUGACUUUGAGGAAUAAGACGAUAAUUAAUUGCGAUGUAUCUGCAACGUCUAUAUGUUAUCCUAGUAACAAUACGGUAUGCCUCUUCAAUAUAAUAGAGGAUCCAUGUGAAACAACAGAUUUGUCUGGUACUUACCCAGAAUUGGUGGCGAGCAUGCAAUCAUUAUUAGAUGUUGAAAUGACAAAGAUGAUUCCCAGAAUUUUACCGACUGUUAUCGACCCUAUGUCUGCACCUAGCUUACAUAACUUUACAUGGGAUACUUGGAUUGAUUGAGUUUUUUGUACAUACAGUAGCAGUAGGUAUAAGUGUUUAUUGUUUGUGUCCUUAGUUGUAAAUAAG